ACCCAGGAGCUCUUGGCUACCCGGGCUAUGUUUAUGAUUUACAAGUGGUAAUGUCCUGCUUCAGCUCGGAUUUAGUUGAACAGCUGUCUUUUAUCGGUGUUUAAUAACCCUAGCUACUGUCCACCGGCGGAGGGGGCUGCCCAAAGCGAAACCAUACAACGUUGGCCAUCAACGUCAGCAGUAUUCAUAAAUGAAUUACGGCGUAUUAUUAGCGAGUCAAGGCUAACGCUAAACUUGGCUAGCAGUGUGUGUUGUAGACUAUGAGUGUGGGUGAUGGAGGACAGCCAAUGUGAGGACUUGGACUACCUGAUCCAAGAUGAGGACACCCUCAUUGAAGGUGUCAGCAACCAGGUCUUAUUUGUUGUAGUGCUCAGUAUCACCUUCCUUGCAGGCCUCCUCACUCUGCUGUGCAGAGAAGAGGAGCAAAACAUUCAUCCUGAGAAUCAGGAGCAUGUUCGAGCCGUCCGACAACAGCUUCAAACAGAGCAGGAUGAAAAUCUGCAAGCGGAGGCCAGGCAGCAGUAUUACACAGACAUGUCUUGUCCCGUGUGUUUACAGCAGGCUGUUCUGCCAGUGGAAACCAAUUGUGGACACCUUUUCUGUGGCUCCUGCAUUAUUGCCUACUGGAGGUAUGGCACCUGGCUGGGUGCUAUUAACUGCCCCAUCUGCAGACAAAUGGUAACAUUGCUCUUCCCACUAUUUCAUGAGCAUGCCAAUCCUCAGAGGGUCCAGGAUGGUGAGGCAGAACCUCUGCUCAUAUUACGAGACAUCAACGAUUAUAAUCGCAGGUUCUCAGGCCAGCCAAGAUCUUUUAUGGACAGGCUGCGAGAUGUGCCCACCCUGCUUCGUCAUGCCUUUAGGGAGAUGUUCUCUGUGGGUGGCCUCUUCUGGAUGUUCAGGAUUCGAAUUCUUCUCUGCCUAGUUGGCGCACUCACCUACCUGGCCUCGCCACUCGACAUCCUCCCCGAGGCGCUUUUCGGCCUCCUGGGAUUCAUGGAUGAUUUCUUUGUAAUCCUGCUUCUCUUUGUGUACAUCUCUAUCAUGUACAGAGAGGUGGUUACACAGAGACUGAACGGCUAGGUGAUGACUUGCACAAGAGGCCUUAGCUUGCUCAUGUCAGGCUCAGGAAGAAGGGAACUCAGCAGCUCAGGUGGACAUGAAGACUGAAUAAAUGUUCAGAGGACAGUUCAUCAAUUAUGCUGGUUCAUUUUAAAGCCUAAGAUGUUACUUCAUCACUGGAGAGGAGCUAUCUAGAGACUGAGCUCUGAAUGUUUACUCUGUAUAUAGAAAUCAUCAUUAGUGGUUCAUAGGUUAAAUGUGGUCAAAGCCAACAACAGUUAAACAUAAUGAGAGCUGUGGAAGGAUGUGAUGUAGAAAUCUACUUUGAAUCAGACACUGCAGUAUGUCAGGGACAGCUCUAACUGAAUGACUAGCAGUACUACCAGCCAAUUCUUUGACAGCAUUGCCAAAAGCAGUCCUUUUAUUAUCGGGCAUACCAUCAUAAUGGAGACAUUGUUGUAAUAUAAUAUGAUCUUGAUUGUUCUGUCUUAAUUAUAUGCAUUUAAAUUUG